CUAAUUCACGGUCAAAAUGGUGGAUAUUUAAUAGUGCAGGCGUCUUGGACCUUGGUAAUUGUUGAUGUACUUGCAAGUUAAUAAAAGAUAAAAAAAAUUUAUAAGAACACGUGUACUUUAUAAUUAAAAUGAUAUAUUACUUCGUAUGAUAUUUUAUUAGUGUUAUUUGUGUAUUUGAAUAGAUAAAUUUUAUACAAUAAUUAUUAACAAUAAACCAAACGAGUUUUUGGUGAACAAAAAAAAAGUAUAGCAAGUCAUACGUACACUUACGACUAUUAUAAAUAAAAAUAAGAUAAUUUAUUUAACCUGAAAAAAUGGCUGAUGUAACAGAAUUAAAAAUGAAUAUGGCAGCUUUAAAACGCGUUGAUCCAUAUAUUAAAGAUAUUUUAGAGACAGCAACGCAUGUGGCUCUUUAUAAAUUUAAUGCUGAGAACAAUGAAUGGGAGAAGACUGAUAUCGAAGGCGCAUUGUUUGUUUACUCAAGAAAUGGCGAACCUUACAAUAGUAUUCUUAUUAUGAAUAGAUUAAAUACCAACAACUUAGUUGAACCUGUGACACAGAGGCUUGAUCUAGAGCUCCAAGAGCCAUUUUUACUCUACAGAAAUUCAAAAUGUAACAUCUUUGGUAUUUGGUUUUAUGACAAAGACGAGUGUGUUCGCAUUGCGGCUAUUUUAAAACAACUUGUUAAACAUUCUGACCUAAACUUAAAAAUGAAUACAAGUUUAAAAAAUAAAAAACAAAUAAUUAACAAAACAAACAACUCUUUCAAUAAUGUCGAUAUAUUUAGCAUGCUCAGUAAAGCUCAAGAAAAUUUUAACACUAGUAGAGAAAGUAACGGUCAAGAUGACAUUAACACUAAAACUGAUGGAACUACUGAUGAAGUCAGUUCUUUUUCCUAUUCAAGAGUUAAUACAACAACAGGUGGAUUAUUUGAUGGAACAUCUCAAAGUGUAGUCGAUUUCUUUGCCAAAGCUAAGGUAAAUACGGGACAUUAUAAGCCAGAGCAUCAACAAUCUCCAGGAAAUGUUCAUGUAGCAGCAGAAAAACCUUUAUUGUUAACUCGUUUAAUGUCUCAUCCUGCAGCACAUACUCUUGAGCAUAUAGAAAAACAGCAGCGUUCUGUCACACCUCAACCAGCAGGAAUACCAAAUAUUGUACCACCAGUGACACUACCAAUUGCCUCAAAUUUUAUGAAAAACGGAACACCAUCAAGCAAAACGAAAAAACCUAUUACGUCUUGUAAUGACUCUAAACUGUCAUCACAAAUUUUAAAAGAUAUUGAACAUGUCGGUAAAUCAAAUAUUUCAAAUGACACAAUAAUUGGUAAUAAAAGUUUUCAUCGAAUACAAUCACCGCUAAAAAAUUCAAUAAAUACGAUUGUAAAUCAUAAUACUCCAGGACAAAAUGUUUAUAAACACCCGAUUUACGAAAUGGAAAAUCCGAUAGACAGAGUUAUUGAAGAAGAAUUAAGUGUAACUAAAACACUAACGGAUACUAUUUCAACAUUGCCAUUGGGAUUUUCAUCACUUGAUUUAGAUGACAAGUCAAUUGAAUCAGAAGAAGCUAUUGGAUCUCGAGGACUUGGUCCAAAUGCUCCAGCAUUGAUGCCUCCAGUAAUGUUUUCCGCAACUAGUCCUUCGGAACCUAAUCGACUCCUUGUUGAACCUCUUACACGAAAUCAAUUACUCCAAGCGUUUAAUUAUCUUAUUAAAAAUGAUCCAGACUUUAUGAUGAAAUUACACGAUGCUUAUGUUAAAUCAUUUAGCGAAAUAUAUUCGUAAAGUAAUUAUUUUAAUAUGUAUGAGUAAGGUAAGAGGAGUUAUGAAGAUGAAAAUAAUUAACAAAUCAGCAAUGACAAUGACACGGAUAAUAAAUAACACAUUAUAAUAUUAUUAAAAUGUCUUUAUUGACUUGUUAAAAAAUAUAUUAAUUUUUAUAACGUGUUCUAUUAUCCAAUUUAAAAACUUAAUCAUUGAUGCCGAUUAAUUAUAAUCUGUGAUGCAAGAAUUUCUUUUUCUUUUUUCUCAAUCCAUUUUCUUUACAAACAAACAAACAAAAAAAAAACGAGUCUCGCCAAAAUCUAUUUUUUUAAAUAAAAAAUAAAAAAUACUGACGAUAAUAAAAUUUAAUAGAGCAAGAUUGUUAAAUUGUUUUUUUUUCUUCAAGCCACAAUAGGAGCUGUAAAAAAAAAAAUAAUUAAGUUUAAAUAAAAAUUACUUUGAGCGGUAAAACAAAUUUAUUAUUUAAAAAUAAAUUAUUGUUUCAAUAAAUAACAAUUAUUUAAAAUCAAUAAUAUUUUAUAAAAUUGUAAUGGAUAAAAAUUAUUUAGUGUUAAGUCUUAAAAAUUUCGUCCAUCACAAUUAUUUAAUUUUUAAUUAAUAAAAAAUGAUCAUUAAGUUAGCAGGCAACUAAAAAUUUUUGCAUUUUUUUUCAACAAUUUAAUUUAAAAUAAAAACAACUAAAAAUAUGCACGUGUAGAAAAUUUAAAAAACUAGGUGUAAUUUUCUGAAAUAUUUUUUUUUACUUUAGUGUUUUUAAAAAAAUCCAAAAAUUAUUAGACGUCGGCUAACUUGAGCAUAAAAAAAAUUACUCAAAAAAUAAUAACAAUAUCAAACUUCUUUUACCGCAAGUAUUUGGAUUUAAAAAUAGUUUAAAAAAUAAAAAAAAAAUAAAAUAGAUAUUAAAUUCUAUAAAUAUUUAAAAGACUUACUCAUAUGUGCGGCAUUUGGCUGUGGUGCGGCCAAUUGCAUUUUUAUAUGAGACGUUGACAAUAGAAUAUCCGUUGUCGGUAUAACAUGAAUUGAUAUUUCAUUUAAUUCAUUAUUUAUGCGAGUACCACCACUCAAUGACGGUAUUUGUAAAUUAUUACCAGUUGUCAUUAAAUUAAAGCCAUAACGACAAUUACUGACAAUGUAAGUGCUAAUCUGUGAAACAAAAAAAAAAAGAAACAUUAAAAAUUUAUCAUCAUUGAUUUAA